AUGUCCAUGAUGAUACGAACCUUUGGCGUGUGCUCGGCGAAUAUUCGCAGGGUUCUGUCGAUCUACUCUGGGCCCAGGCCUGUGUUAGCUCGUAUCUCUCGCCUGGGCAUGUUGACUUCUAGCAAUACCCUUGUUCUUGACGGAGCAAUAGCUCCGGUCAACAUGAAAACUGAUGCAGCUCUUCAGCAAACCCUACGUAGCGACAUCUUCAAGAACCGCACCAUCAUCACCAUUUCUCAAUGGAUUAAUAGCAUCAUCGACUCUGAUCGAAUCCCCGUAUGA